AUGUCUCGACUGCAGCUAGCAAAGAGCUUGCCGCAGCUCAAAGGCUACUCACCUGGCAAUGUGCUCGCAGAGCGACCAUUCCAGGUGGUACGAUUUGGUGCCCUGUCUCUUAUUCGUCACGACCGAGACCAAUGCUUCAUGAGUGAGGUCUUCCAGGCUUUUGCUGAGUUAAUACAAGCAAGGUCAAGGUCGACGCUGAACUAUCGCCCACAAGCGAAUGGACAGCAAGAGCGGUCGGUCAAGAUUGUGAUGCAGUCUGUCAAGGUCUAUGUGGAAGACCCGUUUCAGCAAGACUAG